AUGAAUUUAAAAAGAGAAGAUUUUGCCCCUGUUCUUAAGACAGCGUUGGAAUCAAUAACAGAGAGUUCUGUUAAAAAUGGAUUCCGCGCUGGUGGAUUGUAUCCCUUUGGCCCUGACUACGUCGAUCUCUCCAAAAUAAAGUCUCGCAACAAGAAGGAGGCUUCGUCAGAACAAAUAUUGUUUUUUGAUUAUCUAGAAAAAGAAAUAGUGGCGAAGCUACAGAAGGAAAAGUUGCAGAUAUUUAAUGACCUUUACUAUAAAGACAGACAAAAUUUAAACAUUCACUUAAAUGAAGAAGACCUAUCGCUCUACAUAAUAUGGGCUAGUAAUAAGCAAGCUAUUGAACUUUCAGGUCACGUUAAUGAGCAAUCUACUUCACCCCAGACCCUCGUUGAAAUACCAAAUCCUAAUGAAAUCAAUCCUGCAGAAUCUCUUUCUGCUACAAAUGCAGAUACAGAUGUACAAUAUCAAUUUGACAUACAACUAGAUCAUGACUAUUUACCACAUAUUACUCUAUCUAAUGCAGGAUAUGACGCAACCACAUCCACUUGCACCCCAAAUGACGCUCCAAAAUCUAGAGAAAUACUGGAUAAUUCAUUGACUGUCGCUAGCCCAAGUUCUAACUUAAAUGAUCCUAUUCCAACAACUUCAACUUCCUGUUCUUAUACGUUUAUGUUUGAUAUUGCCACAAAAAUAACACCUUCAAAAGAAUUGACAAGACCUGGGAAUUCUCAAAUCGGCCAAAGUUCUGCAGAAAAGACACCCGUGAAAGAGCUGACAAGACCUGAGACAUCAAAAAUUAACCAAAGUUCCAUAAAAAAGACACCUUUGAAAGAGCUGGCAAUACCUGGGACAACAAAAUUUAUUCAAAAGAAAGGAGAAAGUACAUAUAUUAUUCCAUCACCAUUUAAGCGAAAUUUAUUUUGGCCAGGAGAAGAUGAAAACAAAGGAAAAAAAAGAAAACUGAAGGAAAAAAUUCCUUUUGUUAUAACAAGUAAACCAUGGAGGGAAUAUAAUGAAAGGAAAGACAUUGAAAAAAAAGAAAAAGAGAAACAAAAAGAAAUUAAAGCCAAAGAAAGAGAAGAAAGAAGACUAUUAAAACUGAGAGAGACGGAAGAAAAAAAGAAACGACAGAUGGAGAAAGAAAUUAAAACCAAGGAAGGGAAAAAGAUAAAAAAAUCUAAACCAGAUGACACAUCUUCAGAUAAUACGGACAUUGAAGUGCAUUAUGCAGAAAGUGAAGACAGCUUAGAUAUGCAAAUAGAUGCAGAAAAAACAGAACAUGAAAAAUCUGAGAGCUCGACUCAAUCCGAAGAUGUGCCACUGAUCAGAUUUUCUAAGAAAUCUAGAAAAUAUUCCAUUGGAAACUAUGUCAUAAUAAGGUAUGAAGGGGAAUACUUCCCAGGCGUAAUAGAAGUACCAAAAGCUGCAACAAGAAAAAAGAACCAGCCUAAUAGACGCAAGAUCAAGUCAGCGGUGCUAACCAACACACCUAUCAAGAAUGAAAUUGCUGCUAUAGAAGAAAAAAGGAAGUUAAAAAGUAUGAAAAAGCGUGUUUUGACCGAAAAAGAGAAGAAACCUAAGAAAGCCAACAAAAUCAACAAGAAGGGUGAAGGCGAUUUAGAUGAAGAUGCGGAAAAUGAUUGCUUUUGCUUAUGCUGCCUUGAACCUUAUGAAAAUAGCAGAUCAAAUGAGAAGUGGGUUCAGUGCCUUGAAUGCAAAGGCUGGUUUCACGAAGACUGCACUGGAGGCGAGCUGCAAUAUGUCUGUCAUAAUUGUUUGUCCGAUUAG